AUGGGGUCCUUGUCGUCCGAAGCCGCCAAGACCGCUGGCUUGGCGGGAAACCGGCCGCCGAAGGAGAAGAAGCAGCUCAUACUAAAUGCCUUUGCCAUGAACACGCCCGGUCAUUUGUCUCCAGGGCUGUGGCGGCAUCCUCGAAACCAGACAAACAACUACAAGAAGCUCGAGUUCUGGACAGACCUUGCACAGCUGUUGGACAGGGCGGGCUUCCACGCUCUGUUCCUGGCCGACGUCCUCGGUUGCUACGAUGUCUACAAAGGACCGGCCAAUACAGGCCCGGCACUGCACGCGGGUGCUCAGUUCCCGGUCAAUGAUCCGUUGUACUUGGUUCCUGCAAUGGCCGCCGUGACCAAAAACAUCACCUUCGGCGUUACAGCAAGUACCACUUAUGAGCAGCCAUACUCGCUGGCCAGGCGGUUCUCCACGGUUGACCAUCUCAGCAAUGGUCGGGUGGCGUGGAACAUUGUCACUUCCUACCUGGACAGCGCCGCUCGCAAUUUCGGCCUUAGUAAGCAGGUCGAGCACGACAGUCGCUAUGACUUGGCCGAGGAGUACAUGGAAGUGCUGUACAAGCUUUGGGAGGGCAGCUGGCGUGACGACGCCGUGGUCGAGGACAGAGAGACCGGUACCUAUGCUGUGCCCGAACGCGUUCGACAGAUCAACCAUCAAGGCAAGCACUUCAACGUACCGGGGCCUCAUAUCUGUGAACCCUCUCCGCAGCGCACCCCGUUUUUGUUCCAGGCCGGUACCUCCAAAUCAGGCCGACAGUUUGGUGCAAAACAUGCAGAAGUGAUCUUUGCAGCGGCACAGCUACCCGAGAAGUUACGUCCUUCUGUCGACGCCAUUCGACAACUAGCAAAGGAGGCAGGCCGCGACCCUUACCAUGUCAAAAUCAUCGCGGGUAUAAGUGUCAUCAUCGCCGAGACCGACGAGGCAGCCAGAGCGAAGCACGAGGAGUAUCUCUCGUACGGGGACAGAGAGGGUGCUCUAGCGCUCUUCGGCGGCUGGACCGGCAUCGAUCUCUCAACCUAUUCGGAUGACGAGGACUUCCGGUUUGUCAAUAUGCCGGUGAUGCAAUCCAUCGUCAAUGGCUGGGCGGAUACAGUGCCGGGAAGUGAGAAUCUCAAAUGGAACAAGGCCCGUAUCGCGGACUAUCUUUUGUUGGGUGGCAUGCACCCGAAGAUUGUGGGCUCGCCUACCACAGUUGCCGACGAGCUGGAACGCUGGGUGGAGAUCGCCGACGUGGAUGGAUUCAAUCUAUCUCACAUCACAAACCCAGGGUCGUUUGAGGAUAUGAUCGAGUUCCUAUUGCCAGAGCUGAGGAAACGAGGCAUCUUCCGCCAAGGGGUAGACAAAGAGGGCGCCACGGCACGAGAACAGUUCUUCGGCACAUCACGACUCCUGAGUGAUCAUCCGGGCAGCAAGUAUCGGUGGGAAAAGGAGGAUGAGAUUCCGAAAUACCAGCAGAAUUGA